AUGGACCCAGUCCUGGUCAUCGGCGGGUGUGGUUGCUUAGGCUACCACAUUGUUAAACAACUUCUGGAGUCCGGCGCUUCCGAAGUUACAGCUUUCGACAUCAACAUCGAGAAAAAUAUCGUCCCAAAGGCAAAAUAUAUGAAAGGAAGCAUCCAGGUCGACGAAGACGUGUAUCGGGUCCUCCAAAACGUUAAACCGCGAACCAUCUUUCAUACAGCCUCACCAUCGAUGCUGGGACAGCGAAACACGCGAAGGAUCUUUGCAGCUGCUAACAUAGGAGGCACCAAGAUACUACUUAAGAACAUAAAGAAGGUCGGAACCACAAAAGUGUUGGUCUACACCUCAUCCUCUUCCGUCAUCCAUGACAACAUGACUGACCUCAUCCGUGCUACUGAGGACCGCCCAUACUGCCUUGAACCGGAGCAAAAGGACUACUACACCCACACAAAGGCAAUUGCUGAGAUGAUGGUACUGGAAGCAAACAGGAAGGACGGACUUCUCACCGCCGCAAUACGAGGAUGCCUCAUCUUCGGGGAGAACGACAACGCCAUGCCUACACAGAUCGGCUAUGCCAGAUCCAAACUUGCUCGACUGCAAACUUACGUCGGUAACUGCGCUCAUGCACAUAUUCUCGCAGCAAAAGCGCUCCUCCAGAUGGAUCCGCACGUGCCGCUCGCUCCAGAGGAUCAGAACAAGAGAGUCGAUGGGGAAGCCUUCGUAAUUACCAAUGACGAUCCGUGGCCCUUUUGGGAUUUUCCUCAUACUGUGGGAGCAGCCGCCGGCUACCCAGUGAAUAAAGAACAGAUAUGGGUCAUGCCAGCAUGGCUGUUCUACGCGCUGGCUGUUCUCACAGAGUGGACGGUGUGGCUGCUAAGCUUUGGGCGUAGAGAGUCUCAUAUGAAUCGAAAAAUGGUCAGAUACUUUACUAUGACGAGAACGUUCGAUAUCACCAAAGCAAAGGGGCGACUGGGAUACAGGCCACAGGUGGGCAUGGUGGAUGGGAUAAAGCGUGCGGUUAAUGCAUACUUGGAAAGCGAGUCAUACGAGAAAAAGAAGGUUCGCUAA